AUGAGCGAGGGAAGUAAAGCCGCUGCUGUUAAAGUAAGUACCAACAGCAAGUAGGGAGAUACCUAAAAUAGAUCUGAAAAGACCAAUGACAUCAGAACCACCAACAUUCAAGCUGCUAAGGCUGUUGCUGAUGUUAUUAGAACCAGUUUAGGUCCUAGAGGUAUGGAUAAGAUGAUCUAAGAUGCUAAGGGUCAAGUUCUCAUUACCAAUGAUGGUGCAACUAUUCUCAAGCAAAUGGAUGUCAUUCAUCCUACUGCUAAGAUGCUUGUCGAAAUUUCUAAGGCACAAGAUAUUGAAGCUGGUGACGGUACCACUUCAGUUGUCGUUAUUGCUGGUGCUCUCCUUCACGCCUGUGAAAGUUUAUUAGCUAGAGGUAUUCACCCUACCACUAUCUCUGAAGGUUUCUAAAUUGCUUUAGAUGAAGCCCUUAAGGUUCUUAAGGACAUCUCCUAAACCGUUGACUUGAAGGACAGAGAUGCUCUUAUUACUUGUGUUAACACUGCCUUAUCCUCUAAGGUUAUUUCAACUAACUCUUAAUAAUUAUCUCCCAUCGCUGUCGAUGCUGUUCUUAAGAUUAUUGAUCCCACCAAGGACACCAAUGCUGAUUUGAGAGAUAUUAAGGUUGUCAAGAAGUUAGGUGGUACCAUUGAAGACACUGAAUUGAUUGAAGGUUUGGUCUUCACUAACUAAAAGCCCUCCUAAUCUGCUGGUGGUCCCAGUAGAAUUAAAGACGCUAAGAUUGCUUUGAUCCAAUUCUGCUUGAGCUCCCCCAAGACUGAUGUUGAAAACUCCGUCGUUGUCAAGGAUUACACUGCUAUGGACAGAAUCCUCAAGGAAGAAAGAAAAUAUAUUGCCAAUCUCGUUUCCAAGAUUGUCAAAUCUGGUGCCAAUGUUAUCCUUAUUUAAAAAUCUAUCCUCAGAGACGCCACUAACGAACUCUCUCUCCAUUUCCUUGCCAAGAAGGGUAUUAUGGUUGUUAAGGAUAUUGAAAGAGAAGAUGUUGAAUUUAUCACCAAGACCAUCGGAGCUAUCCCUGUUGCUCACAUUGAUCACUUAACUCCUGAAAAGUUAGGUAAGGCUGAACUCUGUGAAGAUGUUAAGCUUUCUGAUGACUCUAGAAUCUUAAAAAUUACUGGAGUCCAAUCUAAGGCUAAGACUGUUACCAUUCUCUGCCGUGGUUCUAACUCUCUUGUUAUUGACGAAGCUGAAAGAUCUUUACAUGAUGCUUUGUGCGUUGUCCGUUCAUUGGUUAAGAACAGAGGUUUAGUUCCUGGUGGUGGUGUUCCUGAAGUUGAAAUUUCUCAAUAAUUAUCCAAAUUAUCUAGAGAAAUGAAGGGUGUUAACUCUCUUAUUGUUAGAGCUUUCGCUGAUGCUUUAGAAGUUAUCCCCUACACUUUAGCUGAAAAUGCUGGUUUGAACCCCAUCAAUAUUGUAACUGAUUUAAGAAAUAGACACGCUCUCGGACAUAAAUACGCUGGUAUCUCAAUCAGAAAGGGUACUAUAAAUGAUGAUAUCACCACCGAAAAUGUUCUUCAACCCGCUCUCGUCACCCAAUCUGCCCUCACUCUUGCCACUGAAUGUGUCAGAAUGAUUCUUAAAAUUGAUGAUUUGGUCUUCUCUGCUCGUUGA